AAGAAGAAGCGGUUUGUUUACCGCCAGUUCAACAUGGCGUCUCCUCCGGAGGAUGCUCCGUCGCUCCCGGCGCUCUUACUGACCUCCGUCCUGAGCCUGAACGUCCCUCCGGCGGUCGGCGCCCAGAUGCUGGAGCUGUACCGGGUCCAGACGGCCCUGCUGCGGCGGAGGAGGCUGCGGGAGGCGGCGGAGCGGGAGCGGCGGCGGCGGCAGUACCUGCGGAGGAGGCGGGCCUUCGUGCUGUCCUCGAUGGCCGGCAUCCUGAGCGUCAUCACCUCCACCAGCCGGGACAUCUGGGUCCGCAACCGGAGCCCCGGGCACACCUUCUGGACCUCCGCGGACUCCUUCGACGACGCGGAGUGGAAGGCGCAGUUCCGCGUGUCCCGGGACACCUUCUCCUACCUGCUGGAGCGGGUCGAACCGGCCAUCCGCCGCCGCCGGACCAACUACCGGGUCCCCAUCGAGCCGCGCCGCCGGCUGGCCAUCGCCCUGUGGUGGUUCGCCCGCUCCGGGGAGUACCGCUCCAUCGCCGGCCUCUUCGGGGUGGGGGUCGCCACCGUGUGCGUGAUCGUGCGGCAGGUGAUCUCGGCCAUCCUGGACCGGCUGUACCGGCGCUACGUGUCGCUGCCGAGCGGCCCGCGGCUGGAGGACACCAUCCGGGGCUUCAAGGACCGCUGCUACCCGCAGUGCGCCGGGGCCAUCGGCGGGACACACAUCCCCAUCGCCCCGCCGAGGGACAACCCGGACGACUACCUGAACCGGAGGGGCUGGCACUCCGUGAUCCUGCAGGCUGUGGUGGACCACAACGUCUGUUUCACUGACGUGUACGCCGGCUGGCCCGGAAGCACCAGCAGCUCCACGGUGCUCGCCAGCUCAGACCUGUACCUGAAGGCAGAGGACCGCCCCGACGGUUACCUGUUCCCCCGACAGGUGAGUGCACACACAUCUGCCUUUUUUUCUUUUCUUUCAUGA